AUGAAACAUGUGGAUAGUGCCACUGCUAAGAGAGAUAAACUUCAAUUUGCAAGGGUUCAGAUUGAAGUCAUGGUGGAGCAAUCUUUCCCUGAUGUAAUUAAGUUCAUUAAUGAAAGGAGGGAACAAAUGGAGGUGAGAGUGGAGUAUGAAUGGAGACCUGUUGUGUGUGCUCAUUGUAAAGGUGUUGGCCAUGAAGUAGCUAAGUGCAAGAAAAUCACUGGUAGGAGGGUGUGGGUUCCAAGGCAGAUUGUAUCUACAACCAUACCUAGUGGGAGCACUGGGCUGGUGAAGGAUAACACACCUGAUAAUACUGCUAAUAAUGAUAGUGAUACUACUGAGACAUUCACUACUGUGUCUAAUCCAAGUAGGAGAGUCUUGGCAAGACCUGUGGGGGUCAAUACUGUUAACCAAUUCCAAGCUUUAGAUGAUGAUCUGAGUGUGAGGAGUGUUAUGGGGGAUAUCAACCAAGUUCAUGCAGCUGGAGGAGGGAACUCUUCUGGAUGCAAUGGAUAG